GCGAUCGGUUAGCGGCCUACAUCCUCUCUCUGAAAUAAUAACAACAAACUCCGAUAACGAAUUGAAAAUAACGAUAACGACUCUCUGUUAAUAAAAAACGAACUUGUUUUUUUUGAGAAAAAAAAGAAAAGAAACCGGCCAAAUAAAAAUGUAGCCUGUAUUUAGGAAACUGGACCGUAAUGUUGUGGAUAUUGAAAUGUGAAGCGUAAUGUAAAAAGUUUUGACAGUUCAGUUUUUUUUUCUAUUGCCUUUUGCUUUGCUUGUGUUUUUCGUCCAUGAAAAGUUAGAAACUUGAAAUGCAAGUUUUUCUUCGUAAAUCCUACAAGUUUUCAUGAGUUCUUCAGUGUGAGAAUAAAUGUUAUUAAUUGGGAGAUGUUCCUAAAAGCAUCCGCUCAGGAAUAGCUACAGAUGGAUACUAAAUACAGAUACAGGAUGCAGCUUCCCAAGACAAUAAUAAUAUUAUACAGUAUACAAGUAGUUGUACGUGUAUAGCCAUGUUCAAUUAAAAAUACAUAUUUGAUAGUAACAAUCAAAUUAUGUGAUUUUUUAAUUAAUAUUUACAAUAAUCGAGGCCAGUAAACCGCAUUAUUGAUAAUAAAAACAUGUAAUUAGUAUUUUAAUAUAAUUAAAAUAAGGCCAGUACUAGUUUAUAACAGUUUUAUAUGAAAAGAGCAGCAUGUUUAAGUCUACACACCUAUUAAUGGAAGUUUUAAGCCCUUAAAUUGCACCCAAUGACCCAUCCCAAGGACAAGUACAUUCAGGGGUAGAAAGCUUCAUGGUUUACAUGGAUGAUCGCGAGGGCGCGGCGCGCCGCUCCGAGCCUGCUAGUAUGGAGGCGUGCGGCCCGCCAGUGCAGGUGGAGCCCGUGGACCUCAGCGUGAAGCGACGCCGCCUGCGGUGUGCAGGCGCCACCUCCCCGACUCCAUCGAAAUGUGCGAAGCUGGACCAGUCCACCUCGGCUCUACUCACAUUUGAGUCCAACCAUCAAGUCCCGAAAAUAAAAGUCGGUCCGGACCUCCGGAGCGCGCGCAAACCGCGACUCAAACCGCAAGCCCAGAAUACUCACCAACAUGCUUCACAAACGCACCACGUAACGUCACACGACCUGUCAAACGUCACACGAGCUGUCAAAACGCCAUUUCUCCCGCCAAUACUGCCGUUCAACAUCCCCAACGGGCCAGCGAAAGGGAGUUUGAAAACCGAAGCCGAUUUCAACAACUACCUUCUGAGCACAGCGCUGCAAAACGCGUUGUCUGGAUCGUUGAAUCAACUUACGCAAAAGAGAGCGUUUACAAAGACGGUUACGAAAGAAAUUAAAGAGUGUGAGACGAAAGUGCCAGAGAUCAGUGAUAAUAACAACGAGGAGGGUGUGAGUGGAAGAAAGAAGCUUCAUAAAUGCGACGUGGCUGGCUGUCACAAGGUGUACACGAAAAGUUCGCAUCUGAAGGCCCACAAACGCACGCAUACUGGAGAGAAGCCCUACUCGUGCGGCUGGGCGGGCUGCGAGUGGCGCUUCGCCCGCUCGGACGAGCUGACCCGCCACACGCGCAAGCACACCGGCCACCGCCCGUUCAGCUGCCCGCUGUGCCGCCGGGCCUUCGCGCGGUCCGACCAUCUGCGCCUGCACAUGAGACGGCAUUGACAGGUGGGGUAAAUUGGAUGUUGGGGGUAAAUUGGGUGGGGUAACUUGGAUGU